AUGACUAAAGACGAGGUCGUGGAAACUCACUCGGGUAUGCUAGCUAUUGCAGCUGAUCAUGGAACUCUUCAUCCGUCUGUCUCUGCAAACGAGGAGUUGCGUAAGAAGCGUAUCCAAGAGCGCACUGAGAAUGUCACUGGAGAAAUCAAAAAUCCUCUUGUGGGCAUCUCCAAGGAGAAGCUGGUAGCAGAUGUCGGGACUUUUGCCCUUGAGUACAAGCUCACUGACAUCUAUCCGCUCUUGAUGAAGGGAGCUCUAGUGGCUCAGCGCCCCCACAACUUUGAGAACAUCGAGGAACUCGAUGAAGAUGAGCGUCAAGCCUUGCGUGAGGAAGUCACCCAUCGUUGGAAGCAUCCAAAGACUCUUUACUACACGAUUGUCCUCAACUCCAUCGGUGCAGCCAUUCAAGGCUGGGACCAGGAAGGCUCCAAUGGUGCAAACUUGUCUUUCCAGGAAAGCUUGGGCAUCCCAAACGCUAGCCCUGGAAUAUGUGACGAAACUGGUACCUGCGAGAGAAAUACCUGGCUGGUUGGCGUCAUCAAUGCGAUGCCAUACAUAACUAUUGCAUUGCUGGUUGGUUGGAUUGCUGACCCGUUGAAUCAUUGGAUGGGCCGUCGUGGCGUCAUCUUUAUUGGUGCCAUAUUUAGUCUUUUGGCACCUAUCGGAUCCGCUACUGCGCAAACAUGGGGUCAAUUGAUUGCUUGCCGUGCCCUUCUUGGAGUUGGCAUGGGGAUGAAGGAAGUCACUGUUCCUGUCUUUUCGGCUGAGAAUUCUCCUACCUCCAUUCGUGGAGCUUUGGUUAUGUCCUGGCAGAUGUGGACUGCAUUUGGUAUAUUUUGCGGCGUCGCCGCCAACUUGGUCGUCAUUCAUGUGGGAGAUAUUACCUGGCGGUUGCAACUAGGAUCUGCCUUCAUCCCUGCUAUCCCGCUGGUACUCGGAAUCUGGUUUUGUCCAGAAUCUCCCCGGUGGCUCAUGACGAAGAAAAGGUACGACAAAGCUUAUGAAUCUCUGUUGCGACUGCGAAACUCUCCCCUUCAGGCGGCACGAGACUUGUACUUCAUACAUGCGCAACUUGUGCAAGAGAAUUUAUUGUUGGAAGAAGCCGGGUUGUCAAAAUCAGCCAAUUUCUUCACACGUUUUCUUGAGUUGGCAACUAUUCCACGAAAUCGCCGUGCCGCCCAGGCUUCUGGUAUUGUUAUGAUUGCCCAGCAAAUGUGUGGCAUCAACAUUAUCUCCUUCUACUCUUCGACCAUAUUUUCCCAAGCAGGAGCUAGCAACAUUGGAGCUCUCCUCGCUUCCUUUGGAUUCGGGGCCCUCAACUUUCUCUUUGCCUGGCCCGCUGUUUGGACAAUCGAUACUUUUGGACGACGAGCCUUAUUGCUUUUCACAUUUCCAAAUAUGUGCUGGUCGUUGCUAGCAGCCGGAUUUUGUUUCUGGAUUCCCUCCGAGAGCAAGGCUCAUCUUGGACUGGUUGCCUUUUUCGUUUACGUUUUCUGCAUGUUUUACUCUCCAGGUGAAGGACCUGUGCCCUUCACUUAUUCCGCUGAGGUAUUUCCGCUAUCCCAUCGUGAAGUCGGUAUGGCUUGGGCAGUAGCAACCAACAAUUUUUGGGGGGCAGUCCUAUCCAUCACUUUCCCAUACAUGCUCACCGCGUUUACGCCGCAAGGCGCCAUCGGUUUCUAUGCGGCACUCAACCUUGUCGCUUUCGUACUGAUAUUCCUUUUUGUCCCGGAGACCAAGCAGCGUUCUCUUGAAGAGCUGGACUAUGUUUUUGCGGUGACUACCCGUCGUCACGCAUCGUACCAGUUAUUUACCGUUUUGCCGUGGUGGAUCAGACGGUACAUCUUUCUCCGCAAGGAUGCGGUUUGUCCUGAGCUUUACAAGGAAGGAUUUGACUCCAACUUGAGUCGCAGCACAUCCGCUUUGCCAGGUAGAAAGAAUGGAGCAGAAGUAGUCACCGCAGAAGAAUAUCACACCGAGACAGUGUGA